AUGUCCUAUUGGAGUCCACCAAAAUACGAUGGACAAGCAUCGGUCACUUCUUUGAAUCAGUUGGAAUUGUCAUUAUCUGGAUUUUCAGAUCAAGAACAACUUAAAAAACAUAUUGAAACAAUUGAUGAUCAGAAAUAUUUUAGUCCUAUCAUUUUUGAAUUAUACAAUAAAAUUCUACCUUUGCAUGAAUUCAUUAGAUUCAGAUCCAACAAAACAGAAAAGGAUAUUAAUAGUGUUUUUGGAGUGUUUACCAUCAUACUAAAUAGUCUAUUCAACUCUUUCAAUAAUUGGAUUGACGAUACACUUACUUCACCAGAGGCAAGACGAUACACUAUUAAUCAAUCCAAAGAGAGUAUUAUUUUGAAACUAGGAGAGCAAAUCAAUGACAAAGCAUAUCUUCAUAAGAUUACCAUGAAUCAUUUAAUUGUGUAUAUUAGAAAUCUAUUAUUUACAUCAAUUAGAGAUUAUGAUGGUGAAAGUUUAUAUAAGAUUGUCGAUCAUUACCAUGGUAUUGCAGAUGAUAUCGAUAAGAUAUUGUUUGAAAACGAGAAUAAUGUGGAUUCCGGACAGCUAAAGGGAAUCAACCAACAGCCAGACAUUCAGAUUGUCAUUGAUAAGCUGCAGCUGGAACAGGAGGAUGUCGAAGAUUCACAUCAACAACCAUCAACAUUGCAUACAUCGUCUUCUACAUCGACAAUAAGCCAUACUCCACCUGCAGUUGGAUCUCUCUGUCCUGACGAAGAGAAUCUCGUAAAUAUUAUCAGUUCCGUUACCAAUAGAUUCGAACAGAUCGACAACUAUCUUGAGAAUCCAACACCGAAUCCCGAAGCCAAGACAAUGCUGACUCUAGAACAACAGAAAACAGUGGUUUCAUCGUGUUACAAUCAUUUGCAGACAUCGAUCGAUAUCUUCUCGGUUGCAGACUAUCCUUCGAAAUUCAAAGUCGACACGGUUCCAGUGUUGCGAAUGAUGCUUUCCACUCUCAAUACUCUGGAGGGAUACAUCGACAGUGGAAUGUCCAUCGUCAAUAUGAAACCAGGCGAGAUCCUAGAGUGGACUGCAACAUUCACAAAGAUUGCAACCAGUUUGAACAAUUUGAUACUGAAGAAUAGCUCGAUACUCUCGGCAACACAAAUCGUAAACUACACUAACCACGGUACACCAAUACAGUCGAACAGCGGUAGCUACGGUAACUUCCCAAUCCGAUCGUCAGGUAAAAUCAAGCCUCCAAGUUCACCGUUUGGAUCACCAGCGAUCAUGUCAUUCCUGAUGGCAAACAACAGCGACCAGAGCUACAGUCCAACAAACGAAGGUUCCAAAUUACUAUCACCACUUCCACCACCCAGAGAAAGAUGUUCACAGAUGAUUCAACUCUCACAAGACUCGAUUAUGUUAUCAGUGAUGUCUGCCUUUGCUCUAUGUAUAAAAGAUCAAAUGAACGGUGUAUUGCCACAGUCUCUCAAAAAUGUUUCGAAAUUCUUCAACGAUAACCUAGCAGUAUUCCUAACCUCCAUACGAACCAAUAUCUUUUGUACAUAUAUACUUUUAAACCCUAUUUAUGAUAUGCAAUCAUUUACUUGA